CCUCAGCUGAGCGGUGUGGGGUCCUCAGCCCCCGCGGUGCAGGCGCAGCAAAUACAGGUCACUUCUGAAGGUUAUUGCGCAUGCGAGACGGUGUCAAUUCACUUGCAGUCCCUGGGACUUAUCCGCUUGGUGUGGGGCCACUCACUCAUUAUAACUCAUGCCUAUGUUGAACUUCCUGGCUAUCCCCUCACUUACACUCUGGUCCUACAAAUGUUUCGAAUUUACAUAACCACUCCCACCAUACUUCAGUUGUACAGCCGGGUUCACGACCCCUGUCCUUCAUGCUUCCAGUCCUGUACUAUAUUGUCCUGUCCUUCCCUCACAUGGUGUAGCACAACUGCCCAUACAACACUUGAAUCGAAUGAGGCUUAUGAUGAUUUACUUACCUCAUCUUUCUUACAGCUAAUGUCCUGUCUUUUGUUGUCUUCUCUUUCUAUAUUUAGUUAUCUUUUGAGUCUAUCUCCCUUUUGGGUUUUUUUCUGUCGCUCCCCUUUAAAACUUUGUUCUGUCCAACUGAAAUGUUCAAUAAAACUCCCAUCAGAAUACAAAGAACCACAGUGGCAGCUUAAAAAUGCCAUUGUGGCACAGUUAAACUGUUCCAGUAUAAAAGGGAUAGAGAUCCUCAUUUCUGCUUCACCUAACAGCUGAACAGGACCAAAACAAAAGUCACCCCAAGGAAUUAGGAAAAUAAAUGAAGGUAAUUUACAUAUAGUGCAGCGCUGUAGUCUCUUUUCAUCAACGCACAACAAGUUGAAAAUACCAUCUCAAAGCAACCGUGGUACUCUGUGUGCUAUACUUGGUGCCUGUGAUUAAUCAAAAUGCAAGUGUGAUUAAUGUUUUAAAUAAAAUUAAUCGAUUGACAGCCCUAGUGUAUUGUCACACAAGUUAGGGAGAUUUAGUGUGUUUUUGCAAAAAUGUAGCUGGAUUUGGAUGUUUUUCUGUUUAAAAAAAAAAAAAAAAAAAAAGGAUUUUCUUGCCACCCUAUAGCCCAUUACCCAAACAUAGGGUAUGAAGAAAAUAGCAGAUUGUCCUCACAUCUGCCAAACAUCCAGUACACUUGCCACGUCUGUUAUUCUUUCAUUAUUAUUAUUUUUGUUUUUACCAUUAGGUUAAACACUCGGACAUUUCUCACCCUUGCUCAUAAAAUACAGACACUUUCAAAACAAUCUUUUAUAUACACAUAUUUGUACAUAUUUUUAGUAAGAACUACUCUUCCUCCAACCAGCGGUGAUCUGGUACUGUACUGUAACCUCUUUACAUUUAAGUAGUGGGAUUUGUAAUAGGUUUGCAAUGUUUUGUCAUUUGUGUUUUACUUAAAAUAAGUUCUUCGGGUCCAAAGUGGACAAAGGGGAUCUAAGACAAAGAAGAGAACCGGUGGACAGUGAUGGAACCGAUGGGCUGGUUGCCAGAUAUGUAAAAUUACCCGCUUUAAAUCAACCAAAAACGUAUCGAGAACGAUGCAAACAAAUACACACGCGUCGUAUAUCAUACAGUGGUGUUAAAAAAAAAAAAAUUUGCUCAUUUCCCCCCGAGACGUACGCGUUUUUCGAGGAACUGUACUCGAUAAUCAAACUGGUCCGACCGAUUCGGAAACGCCACGAUAGAGCUCAUACAUGUUUUGUCAUCAUAGUAAUAUUACAAAGCAAAUUGAUUUACAUCGCGGUUUUCAUACACCAGGUAACUCGGUGUGCUUCACGUGAUUAAAUAGCAUUGAAAGGAAAAGAGAAUUGAAAAGAAAAUCAUUUUAAAACAAAAUGAAAAAUAAACAGUACAAAAUGAACAAUAUUUUCCAAGCGACUGUAAAUUGUAUCUUCACGUUUUUCAUGUUUACGGUGAGAUUAUUAAAGGAGAUUAUUUUCCGGUUGCCGCGGAUCUGGCAACCCAGCCCAGACUCAAUCUGUGUCAAUUGGCGGUGCGAAGAAAGAAAGGCCCGGAGAGGCUGCCUCACAACAACCGGAGCGUGCUUUUAACCUGCGUGGAGCCUCCCGGACGGGUUAUUUCUCUUUCCAAACACGGCGGGUGCUGCGCUUUUGGCGUGUUUUGUCGGCGUUUGAGUGACAGGUGUCGAAAGGGAGCGAGGAUGAAGCCCACUGCCUCGAUGCAGAAGACGCACAAGGGAGGCUUGUGUCUUUGUUUUCGUCCUUUUUUGUCCCUUUAACGGCCUCCCGCUCCGAAAGGACAACAAGACAAUUAGAUGAAAGAUGGUGUUUCGGAGCGAGGAGAUGUGCCUGGCCCAGUUGUUCCUGCAGUCCGGUUCGGAGUACGACUGCAUCAGUGAGCUCGGUGAACUGGGCCUCGUCGAGUUCCGAGAUCUCAAUCCAAGCGUCAGCUCCUUCCAGCGGCGCUUCGUCAGCGAGAUCAAGAGAUGCGAGGAGAUGGAGAGGAUUCUGGGUUAUCUUCUGAGGGAGAUCCAAAAGGCUAAGAUUGCCGUUCCUGAGGACGAUGAGAGCCCACUUGCGCCUCCACCGAGGCAAGUGCUGGAGAUCAUGGAGCAGCUUCAGAGGCUGGAGAUGGAGCUCAGCGAGGUGGCGAGGAACAAAGAGAAGCUGCGGAGGAACCUGCUGGAGCUUAUCGAGUACACGCACAUGCUGAAGAUCACGCGCACCUUCAUACACAGGCGCUCCAGACAUGAGGCUCUUGGUCCCCAGUAUGAAGAAUUCCCCACCUUGGACACCGACCCUGUGUCAGGUUACACGGGCAUGCAAAGACUCGGAGCCAAACUUGGAUUCAUUUCCGGCCUCAUCCAGCGGGUGAAAGUGGAGGCCUUUGAGCGCAUGCUGUGGAGGGUGUGCAAGGGCUACACCAUCCUCAGCUAUGCGGAAGUGGGCGAGAACCUCGCUGAUCUCGACACGGGUGAGAUAAGCAAGAAUGUUGUGUUCCUCAUCUCCUUCUGGGGAGACCAGAUUGGACAGAAGGUUAAAAAAAUCUGUGAUUGUUACCACUGCCAUCUUUAUCCUCACCCCGAAAAUGACGAGGAGAGGGCAGACAUGUUGGACAGCUUACGAACGCGCAUCCAAGACCUCAACAACGUAUUACAUCGCACAGAGGAGUACCUGAGGCAGGUGCUGCAGAGAGCCGCGGAGUCGGCGUACUCAUGGGUUGUGCAGGUGAAAAAGAUGAAGGCCAUCUACCACAUUCUCAACCUCUGCAGUUUCGACGUCACCAACAAGUGUUUGAUCGCUGAAGUGUGGUGCCCUGUCAGUGACCUGGCCAACCUGCGGGGGGCGCUAGAGGAAGGCUCGCGAAAAGGCGAUGCAACCGUUCCAUCAUUUGUGAACCGCAUCCCAAGCGCAGACACCCCUCCCACCUUAGUGCGAACCAACAAGUUCACAUGUGGAUUUCAGAGCAUCGUGGAGGCCUACGGCGUGGGGGACUAUCGCGAGGUGAACCCAGCACCCUACACCAUCAUCACGUUUCCCUUCCUGUUCGCCGUCAUGUUCGGCGACCUGGGCCAUGGCGCAGUGAUGAGCCUCUUUGCGCUCUGGAUGGUGCUGACGGAAAAAAAACAGAAGAGGAAACGCUCCAGUAAUGAGAUAUGGGCGACCUUCUUCAAUGGGCGCUAUAUCAUCCUCAUGAUGGGGCUGUUCUCCAUCUACACGGGCCUCAUUUACAACGACUGCUUCUCCAAAUCGAUCAACAUAUUCGGCUCGGGCUGGAGCGUAAAGGCCAUGUUCACCAGGCAACAGUGGACGAACGAAACACUCCAAACGAACACUUUGCUCACAUUAGACCCCAACGUUAGCGGAGUUUUCACGGGCCCUUACCCGUUUGGCAUCGAUCCUAUAUGGAGCAUGGCGGUUAACCGGCUGUCCUUCCUCAACUCGUAUAAAAUGAAGAUGUCCGUGGUCAUUGGGGUCAUCCACAUGAGCUUUGGUGUGGUUCUGAGUGUUUUCAAUCACUUGCACUUCCAGCAGAAGUAUGAUGUCUAUCUGUUGUUUCUCCCUGAGCUUCUCUUCCUGCUCUGUCUCUUCGGGUACCUGAUCUUUAUGAUCGUUUACAAGUGGUUGGCUUUCUCGGCGCGGGACUCCAGCCAGGCUCCCAGCAUCCUCAUACACUUCAUUAGCAUGUUCGUCAUGCAGGGCAAGGACAUCGUUCCUCUGUAUCCGGGACAGACGGGGCUGCAAUUUUUUCUGCUUGCGAUCGCCAUGCUGUCUGCUCCUGUGCUGCUUUUCGGAAAACCUCUCUUCCUAUACUGGAUGCACCGCGGAGGCAAAGGUCUACGCAGGCGCAGAGGCUAUGAGAGGGUGAGGCACGCUAGUGAGGAUGACAGUUCAGCAGCGCCAUCUUAUGAGGACGAUGAAGAGGAGGGACUUGAUGAGAUGACCCACAGGGACCUUUGUCCUCGAGAGUUUGACUUUGCAGAUGUGCUGCUGCACCAGGCCAUCCACACCAUCGAGUACUGCCUGGGCUGCAUCUCCAACACUGCGUCGUAUCUGCGACUCUGGGCUCUCAGCUUGGCACACGCGCAGCUGUCGGAGGUGUUGUGGGAUAUGGUGAUGCGCCUGGGCCUGAGGAUCACAACCAGAGUGGGGGUGGUGCUUUUAGUGCCUGUGUUUGGCGUCUUCGCGCUGCUUACUGUGUCCAUCCUGCUGGUCAUGGAAGGUUUGUCGGCCUUCCUCCACGCUCUCCGCCUCCACUGGGUAGAGUUUCAGAACAAAUUCUACCACGGGACAGGUGUCAAGUUUGUACCUUUCGACUUCUCGCUCCUGCCCUCGGUUUUCGAGCAAGACGGCCUCCUCUGAAGUGUUGAAUACACAAGUGGAAGUCGGCCGUUUUAACUGGCAAGGAUGCUGCAUACACUGGGAAAAUUCUCACUGUGAAAAUGACAAGGAACCCUCAAGACAAUUAGAAUUCACUCUGGUAGCAAUCUCUUUUUUUUUUUUUUUUUUUUCACCCACCGUCUUGAUUUGAAAGCAAAAAGAAAAAAAUCCUACUUGCUGUGCUGACUGCCUUACUUCUCCACCCAGCAAACUUCACAGGUUCUACAUGUGUCAAUGAUUUCAAAAUACAACUGAGAUAUCCAAGGCACACGGGUGAUUUUAAAAGUUGCAUUGUGCUGUGUGUGAUUACUGCAUUUAAUUUAAAACUAACUAUUAUACAGCACAAUGUACAGUUCGUAACCAUUUCUAGCAUACCGACUUAGUGCCAUAAAGAUUUACUAAUGAUCUGGGCUUUUUUUUUUUUUUUUUUUGCGCCAAAUUUCAUCAAACAAUUGAAAAUUUCUCAAGCAAAGAAGCACUUUUCAGAAAUGAUUGUAUCAACACUUUCCCUGUUUAUGAUUGUGACGAUGCCAAAUUCAAACUGUGUUCGCUGUUUGCUUAUUGUUCAUUUGUUUAUUUAAAUGUAACCUCUGUAAUAUGAAGAAAAAAAGGCAACCACUGCUUAUUGUAUUUCUUGAUAUGGUUAAUCAUGCUUUUUAUUUAAGCAACUCUCUGUAUAAGAGUCCUGAUAUUUUGCCAUUUUGAUGUGUUAAAUAAAGCUUUCAAGACUUGCAAGCAAAUGGUACUGUACUUUU